CGAUGACGUUAAUUCGGCACUAUAAGGGACAAUGUCGUUAACUGUUGUUGCCGAGGAAGAAGAGGCUGAAAUUUGUUCUCCUGAAAGUGGAACGAAUAAAAUAUUGAAGACCUUCAAGGCGCGCCAGAAGAAAGAAAUCCCGAAGGACGAGGAGUCGGAUGAAACCGACCUUGAACUAGAAGAAGAGAAAGAUGAGUUCGAUGUGACCGGGCGGAACCAGUACCUGUCCGUCUGUAGAACCCUGGGGGUGAUCCCCUCCUCCUACUUCCUCCGCCACAUGCAGGAUAGCGUCCUGUCCCUCAGGCAUCACGGGAUCGGCAGUCUGGGGGCCAAGGCUAUAUCAUUUCCCCUGAUGAACAACACAGCGGUCAUUCAACUUGACCUCCAAGAUAAUUGGCUGGAGGGGGAAGGUGGGGAAAGCAUUGCCCGUAUGUUGAAGGAAAACUGCUACAUAACAGAUCUGGAUAUCUCAGAAAACCGGCUAGGCGGUAGAGGCGCUAAAUCCCUCUGUAACAUGCUGACUACAAAUACUACCUUGAAGAACAUCAACCUAUCUGGUAAUUUGUUCUCGGAUCAUCAUGCAGGUUAUUUCUUGGAAGCUUUUAGCGAGAAUAGUCGUCUGAAGUAUGUUAAUUUGAGCCACAAUGAAUUCUCCGACAAUGCCGCUAUCGUCCUUGGACAAGCUAUAGCCGAAAAUGAAACAAUAGAAGAACUGGAUCUAAGCUGGAAUUUCUUUAGACGCGGGAGCACUUUAAAACUAUGCGAGGGCAUCUCGAGUAACUGCAGGCUUAAAGAGAUCAACCUGGCCAUGAAUGGGUUUGGAGACGAGGGCGCGCUCGCAGUAGCCGAGUUACUCAAAAGGAGUACUACACUCUACGUCUUAGACAUUAGCUAUAACCGAAUUUCACAAAUCGGCGCUACUGCGAUCGGCAAGGCGCUGGAUCAAAACGAUGCCCUCAGGACUCUCAGGAUUGGACACAAUCCUUUAGGGGUUGCAGGGGCCAAGGAAAUCUUACAGGGUGUGGGUUAUGAAAACUGUGUGAUCACCCUCCUGGAUUUAUCGGGAGUGGAAGUGGAUAAAGAAUUCAGAGAAAUGAAGCAAAGUCUCGAAGAAACCAAAGAGGUCAAGGUCGUCCACGGCGUGGUUCUGAGCGACUAUGUUAUAAAAGUAAAACCCAAAAAGGAGAAGGAACACAUGUUUGGAGCACCAGUGGCUGAGCUGGACUCUACCAACAUUCUACAAACGAUCAAACAGUACAGCCAAGAGAAAGACGCGGCACUCGGGGAUGUGUUUGUGGGUAUGGACAAGAAAAAGCUGGGGUCAGUCACAAUACAGGAGUUUAUUCAGGGCCUGCAGAACUCUGGUAUAGAAGUGCAAGAAUCCCAGAUGCCCAAGCUGGUGGAUCUUUUAGACGCAAUUGCACCUGAAAACCUCAUUAACUACAGUAUUUUUAGGAGCAAGUAAGAGGAUCAAAGAAAAAUCCGAUAAUGAUCCUGAUGAUGUCCGAAUAAUGUCUUCUAUUUUUCUCCAGAAGAACAAGAUUUGUUUUGUAAAAUAAAUGGUUUUAUGACUUAGAC